AUGUACAUUUUUCUUGCCGUUGACUAUGUUUCCAAGUGGGUGGAGGCAAUCCCCACUAGAACCGAUGAUGCUAAUAUAGUGCUUUAUUUUGUUCAGAAUAAUAUUAUUUGCCCCUUUAGAUCACCACGAGCAAUCGUGAAUGAUCAAGGCUCGCACUUUUGUAACAAAAGGAUGGCAGGGUUAAUGAAGAAGUAUGGCAUCAUCCAUAAGGUAGCCACAGCAUACCGCCCACAAACGAACGACCAAGCUGAAGUCUCCAAUCGGGAAAUCAAGCACGUAUUGGAAAAGGUUCUAAAGCCUCACAGGAAAGAUUGGAGUUCCAAACUCGGUGAUGCGCUUUGGGCCUACCGGACGGCCUACAAGAUGCCGAUUGGUAUGAGCCCGUUUCGGUUGGUCUAUGAAAAGGCUUGCCAUCUACCGGUGAAGAUAGAACAUAAAGCGUAUUUGGCCGUAAAGGAGUUAAACAUAGGAUUUGGGGUGGGCGUUGAAAGGAAGCUACAAUUGGUGGAGCUUGAGAACCUUAGAUUGGAAGCCUAUGAAAAUUCAAGGCUUUACAAGGAAAAGAUGAAAGCAGUGCAUGAUUGA